AUGUUACACGUAAAGAAACAACCAUUGCUGCAAGCCGUAUUAUUCUUCUUCUUAUCACUUACAGUAAAUGGUCUCGGAAGGAUCUAUGAAUAUCAACGUUACGACGGGUGGUUCAACAAUCUUGCUAAUCCUCAUUGGGGUACUGUGGGAUCGCAUUUGCACCGUGAUGCACCAAGCCGAUAUGAGGAUGGUGUCUACAUGCUUAAUAGUAAUUUACCAUCCGCGCGAGCCAUUUCAGAGUUAGUUUUCAAAGGUCCAUCCGGAAUACCAAACAAGCGAAAUGUCACUACAAUGCUUGCCUUUUUUAGCCAAGUAAUUGCAUACGAAAUUAUGCAGUCUACUUUAGUUAGCUGUCCGUUAGAAAUGCACAAAAUUCCUGUACCGCGCUGUGAUGCUAUUUUUGAUGCCCAAUGCAUGGGUGAAACAGAAAUUCCUUUUGUUCGUGCAAAAUAUGACAAGAAAACCGGGCAUGGCUUUAACGCACCGCGUGAACAAGUAAGCUGUAUCACUGUUCCGGAAACUAAAAGUUCUUAUAUUAUUGAAUUAUGA